AUGGUCGACUUGAUACCACCUGGCGGUUCCUCGACAGGCGCCACUAUGACUACGUUCAGGGUCGCAGCGGACAGCGGAGCCCCCGAAGUCGGUUCUGGGCCGUCGAAAUCGCGGAUGAGCGGUGUUGGAGUGCCUGCUGCCAACGGUGCACACCUGAAUGGCGUCGUGGGGACGAUCCCUUUGAGCGCAAGGAAGGCUUCGCCAUUAGACCUCGCCACUGUCGAACGCAGGGGGCAAGGAGCGCCAAUCAACCACCCGCCGAAACCGAAUCGCAUGUUCGGCCUGCAAGAAGCGCCCACAUAUCGUCCCACCCCAGAGCAGUUCAAAGAUCCGGUCCAGUACAUUCAGAGCAUCCGUGAGGAAGCCCAGAAGUUCGGCAUCGUCAAGAUCAUCCCGCCUGAGAAUUGGAACCCGCCAUUUGCAAUCGACACUGAGCGUUUUCAUUUUCGCACUCGACGGCAGGAGUUGAAUUCUGUAGAAGGCGGCUCACGUGCCAACCUGAACUAUCUCGACCAGCUUGCUAAAUUCCACAAGCAACAUGGCCACAGUCUUACCCGGUUUCCCAGCGUUGACAAGCGACCGUUGGACCUGUACAAGCUCAAGAAAGCAGUUGAAACUAGAGGUGGCUUCGAUCGAGUGUGCAAACAGAAGAAAUGGGCGGAAAUUGGCCGUGACCUUGGCUACAGCGGCAAGAUAAUGUCAUCUCUGUCUACCUCGCUCAAGAACUCUUACCAGAAAUGGCUUCAUCCGUACGAGGAGUACCUUCGAGUCGUGAAGCCAGGUGUACAACAGAUGCUCGAGCAAGAACAUGGAGGACCGUUUACACCAUCACCUGCGCCAUCACCCAUGAAGAAGUCACUACAUAGUACACCUGCUGCGAAUGCGACCGAAUCUCCCGCUCUCAAGGCUUCCUAUGCUCUGAACGCGAGUCUACAGGGUGAUGCUGUUUCUACUCCAGCUGCAGACUUGCCACGUCCAGCGAUAUCGUCAGGCUUCACACCAGUGAAUGCAGGAGGUUUCACGGCCGUCAAUGCGCAUCCACCACCUGCUCCCACAACACACCCAUCCACACCAAGCUCAUUUUCCGCAGUAAAUGCCGCCAACGGAAUUCAGCGGGACAAUAUGGACUCGCGCACUUCAACCCCGGCUCGGAAUGGUGGAAGCCCUAUGAUAUCAAGCCACAACACCCCCGACCUACGGCCAACUGUAGUCGGCUUGAAUGCCUUGUCAAACGGGCAUCCUCAUAAUCAGCUGAAGCGUACCAUGUCCCAGGAUGCCGAGAGCAGCGUAAAUGAAGACGUAGACGAAGCAAAUAGUCGACGCAGUAAGCGGCUGAAGAAAGAUGGCGCGCCCACCGUAGCCGGCUCUCACAUGACGCAGCCUCGCCAAGCGACACCGGGUAGAUCUUGUCCUCGCGUUCGCGCCGCAGAUGAACGCCCAGGCGAUCGAUGCGAGGCCUGCGGAACGGACAGCGAUCCGACCAACAUCUUACUUUGCGACAGUUGCGAUGCUGGUUACCACGGCUAUUGCUUAGACCCACCUAUCAAAGGCAUCCCUGCGCAUGAUUGGCAUUGCCCACGAUGUCUUGUCGGCACUGGUGAAUUCGGAUUCGAAGAAGGUGGCGUCUACUCACUCAAGCAGUUCCAGGAGCGGGCGCAGCAUUUCAAGCAUACCCACUUCGCGAACAAAACAGCCUUCGACCCCGUCACCAACACGCACAAGCCCAUUACAGAGGACGAUGUCGAGCGCGAGUUCUGGCAAUCGGUCGGAAACUUGACAGAAACUAUAGAAGUCGAGUAUGGUGCUGACAUUCAUUCAACCACCCAUGGAAGUGGCUUUCCCACCAUUGAGAAGAAUCCACGUGACCCAUAUUCGACCGAUCCUUGGAACCUCAACAUCUUGCCGUAUGCACCAGAUUCGCUAUUCCGCCAUAUCAAAUCCGACAUUUCAGGUAUGACUGUACCAUGGCUGUAUGUUGGCAUGGUUUUCUCCACGUUUUGCUGGCAUGCUGAGGAUCACUACACAUACUCGUCGAAUUACCAGCACUUUGGUGCAACCAAGACAUGGUAUGGCAUUCCGGGUGAAGACGCAGACAAGUUUGAACAGGCCAUGCGUGAUGCUGUACCGGAGCUUUUCGAGAGCCAGCCCGAUCUUUUGUUCCAGCUAGUGACACUCUUGACCCCUGAGCAGCUGAAAAAGGCUGGUGUUCGUGUCUAUGCGCUUGAUCAGCGCGCAGGUGAAUUUGUCAUCACUUUCCCCCAAGCCUACCAUGCUGGAUUCAAUCAUGGCUUCAACUUCAACGAGGCUGUCAACUUUGCGCCCAGCGACUGGGAACCUUUUGGUGAAUACGGCGUCCAACGAUUACAAGACUAUCGUCGACAGCCAUGCUUCUCGCACGAUGAGCUCCUUCUCGCGGCCGCGUCCAGAAAGGAUACAACCAUCAAGACUGCGAAGUGGCUAGGCCCAGCGCUUGAGCGUAUGCGGGAUAAGGAAUUCCGCAUACGGGCAGAGUUCUUGGAAAAACACAAGGCUGCCAAGCCUCAUCGAUGCAAGCUUGAUGGAGUGCCGGCCCAAGAGUCUGACUGUUCACUGGAUUUCGUGAUUAAUGAUUCAGAUGUUCCCGAGGACGAUCUGAUCUGCACUUUCUGCAAAGCGUAUGGCUACUUGUCUCGCUUCUUUUGUCGAAACAGUAAAAAGGUUGUGUGCUUGCAGCAUGCUGGGUGGUACGAAUGCUGCACAGAAAGCUCGGAGGCUGAUCGGUACUCCGGUACCAAUGAUCAACACGUGCUUGCGUAUCGAAAUACGCAGGAGUCAAUCACAGCCAUUGUGCAGAAAGUUCUCGAGAAGGCGAACUUACCUGAAGUCUGGGAGUCGAAAUACAACACACUGUGCUCCGAGGGCCCUGUGCCUCAGCUAAAGUCGCUACGCUCUCUUUUGAACGAGGGCGAAAAGAUUGAUUGGGAGUUGCCUGAUCUGCCCAAUCUGAAAUAUUAUGUCGAAAGAUGCCAAGAAGUUGCCGAGGAGGCCCUCCUGUACACGACCCGAAAGCAGCAACAUCGUCGCAAGGCUGAGCGACCAGGCAGAGGCCGACCCAGCAAGUCAGCAGUAGCAGAAGCAGAAGACAAGGAACGUGAAUAUCGGAGCGUCGAAAACAUGCAGAAUCUCCUCAUCAAAGCAAAGAAACUGGGAUUCGACAGCCCUGAGAUAGUCACAUUGACGGAGCGCGUUGACAGCAUUGCGGAGUUUCAGGAUAGAGCCCGGGGUGCGUUGCGUGACCGACCUGCCCAACAGAGCAUCGCCAGGCUGGACGAACUUCUCGAAGAGGGCAAAACAUUCAAUGUUGACUUGCCCGAACUGGAGUCGCUUGAGAAGGUUGUGCAGCAACUCAAGUUCCUCCGAGAAACUAACGAGUUCAAAUUCAAAACUGCGACCACAUUGCAAGAAGUCAGUGACCUCAUCGCACGUGGUAUUGAGGUCGGCAUCCCCGAGAAUCAUCCUGAUAUCCAUUAUCUCCAGAGCAAGAAAGAGCAGGGUGAAUUUUGGGAGACAAAGGCCAAAGAACUCAUGGCUGUGGAAAACGUCCACUACCAACAGCUUGACGCGCUAUCAAAGCAAGCGACCACCUUGCCAGUCACUCCAGAGACUCGUGCGGCUGUCGAUGCCAUCUUGAAGAAACAGCGAGACGCCCAGGAACUGAUCAUGUCCCUGUACGAACGCAGCAAGAAUCCCGACUUCUCUCAGCGACCAAAGUAUAUGGAGGUCAAGACGGCGAUGGAGGCGCUAAACGUACUGAACAGCAAGCCGGCGGGCACGAUCGAUCUUGAGAAAGAGCAAAAGCGACACGAGGAUUGGAUGCGACGGGGCAAGAAGUUGUUUGGCAAGGCAAAUGCGCCGCUUCAUAUCCUUCAAGCUCACAUGAAACAAGUAGAUGACAGGAAUCGUGCCUGUUUCGAUUUGUCAGAUCAGCCGCGUAUGCCUGUUGAGCCCGCUUCGCGCGAGGCCUCUGUAGUGGAGGGCGAGGAGGCAGAUGGUUCAGGUUCGAGCCGGGAUGUCUUCUGCAUUUGCCGCAAACCCGAGGCAGGAAUGAUGAUUGAGUAUCAUGGCAAAUGUUUGAAGCUCGCGCGCGGCAAGGUAAAGGAAGACGAGAAGUAUACCUGUCCCAUCUGCGACUACCGAGUCAAGAUACCUCGCGAUGCAACCCGACCCAAGCUCGAAGACUUGCAAGCCUGGCAAGACGAGAUCCCGAAUCUGCCCUUUCAGCCGGAGGAGGAGGAGGUCCUGGAGUCUUUGAUUGAACACGGCACCAAGUUCCGCGAGUAUGUUGCGCAAUAUAUCAACCCCAUGCUGUCAAGUCCAGACGAGUUGGGCACACAGCGAUUUUACUUGCGGAAGCUGGAGGGCGCAGAGAUUCUGCUCACACACGAAAUCAAUUUCUUCCGACAGGAAUUGCACAAGUUCGCACCCGUCGCUCCUCACCCGCCUCCCGUGCUCCAAGUCUCUCUUUCGACGCGCAAGCCACGGCCAACCAAGCAACAGAAGCUCAUGAAUCAACUGGGCAUCACGAAUCCCGACGACUUGCCUCAGCAAUACAAGAGCAAGUCGCAUUCGUCCAGGCAGUCGUGUGUCAAGAAUGCCGAGCAGCCCAGAACGCAGAGUCUGCAACCGGCUCCAGAGCAGUCUCACACUCCACCCGGGGAUCCUCGGCGAGCGGCGGGCGAGAGUGAAUACUUCAACAAUGCGCCUAGGACAUCCUACAACAACUCACCUACCUUUACCUCGAAUGCAGGGCUAGACUUUGGUGGCGCAAGCAUCGCGCCCAUUGAUCCUGGUCUCUUUGAAAGCUCUGGACCAGCAGCCACGAGUCCGAUGCACGAGGCAUUCAAGAGCUCAGGCAACGGACAAGAGCUGUUUGGUGAGGCUAUGGAGAUGGGUGGCGGCCAAGCGGAAGAAGCUUUGGCCGUCACAGAGGGAAACAGCUAUAUGGAGUAG